AUGGCUGACCAGACUCCCGACAACUGGGAGGAAGACCUCUCCAGACAAACAGACAACAUGAAUUUGAAUAACGGCAACGCCAACUUCCAAGCUCAGGCUCCCUUGUUCCAACCCGGUGCAGCAUCUUUUCAACCUGGUGCUGCCUCGUUCGUUCCAGGCCAGCAAUACCAGCAAUACGGAUACCCCCAAUACCAGCAGCAAGGCCAAGGCUAUUAUCCUGCCUACAACCAACAGCAAGCUUACAAUCAAUACGGUGGCUAUGGACAACAGCCCGGAAAUUACAAUCAGAUCUAUAACAACCAGUACGGUAGCGGUGGUUACAACCAGUACUCACAGCAGCAACAGCAACAGCAGUCGCAGUUCCGUCAGGCUCCUGCUGCCCAAAAGACUCCCGCCGCUGAACAACCAGCCGCCCCAGCUGCGCAAGCUCCCAAACCCGCAACUACAGGUGCGCCAAAGGCAAAAGUUUUAUCGCUGGGAGAUUCAGGUGCAAGCGCUCCGAAAACUAAGGUCCUUUCUCUCGGUACUCCCGCUGCUACAAAGACCACCAAGGAUGAAUCCGCUACACCUGGAGAUAGUAAGGGCGCCGCAGCCGCAGAGGCUGCUAACAAAGUAACUGCUUCCAAGGCAAUUGAGAAAACAGAGAAAAAGGCAGAGGCCAAAGCUGCAAGCAGCGGAAAGGCUUCGCCGGCCCCCUCAUCUGGUCGCAAUAGUCCCGGACGCAGCAGCCCUUCCCGAGGCGAGGCUGCUAAGGCUGUUCGUGACGCCGAUGCAGUUGCUCGUGAACAGAAAGCCGACGUCGACGAAGCCACGUUGAAGGAAAUCUACGGUGAGAAGCGUGAACAUGUCAACCUCGUAUUCAUCGGUCACGUCGAUGCCGGAAAAUCGACUCUCGGAGGAUCUAUCCUGUAUGCUACUGGUAUGGUUGAUGAACGUACCAUGGAAAAAUACAAGCGUGAUGCAAAGGACGCCGGUCGUGAGACGUGGUAUUUGUCAUGGGCAUUGGAUUUGACAAACGAGGAGCGUGCCAAGGGUAAAACCGUCGAAGUCGGCCGUGCUUUCUUCAAGGUUACUUAUCAAGGUCCUGACGGUGAGGUGGAGCGCCAUUUCACCAUUCUCGACGCUCCGGGCCACAAGUCUUUUGUGCCACACAUGAUCGGAGGGGCCUCGCAAGCAGAUGUUGGUGUGCUAGUUGUUUCGGCUCGUAAGGGCGAGUAUGAGACCGGUUUCGAGAAGGGCGGCCAGACCCGAGAACACGCCCUUUUGGCCAGAAACACUGGUGUCAAGAAACUCAUUGUGGCGGUCAAUAAGAUGGACGACCCUACUGUCGAGUGGAGCAAAGCCCGUUUUGAUGAAUGUACAGUGAAGAUCGCCAAGUUCCUUGAGAAUUUGGGUUACAAGAAGGCAGAUCUGUUCUUCAUGCCAAUCUCCGCCCAACGCACUCUUGGUAUCAAAGACCGUAUCCCCAAGGACAUUUGCCCAUGGUAUGAUGGGCCUUCCCUGCUGGAAUAUCUGACCGACAUGAAGAUGCCUGAGCGUAAGAUCAAUGCACCUUUCAUGAUGCCCAUCAGUACCAAAUACCGUGAUAUGGGUACUAUGGUCGAAGGUCGUAUCGAAUCUGGUGUCAUGAAGAAGAGUAACACAUAUCUCAUGAUGCCGAACAGAGAAGAAGUAGGGAUUGCCGCGUUAUAUGGUGAGACUGAGGAUGAAAUCUCCACUGCCACUUGUGGUGACCAGGUCCGAAUCCGUUUGCGCGGUAUUGAAGAAGAAGAUAUUCUUCCCGGAUUCGUCCUUUGCUCUCCCAAGCGACCAGUCCACUGUGUUUCUGCCUUUGAAGCUAAGAUCAGAAUUUUGGAGUUGAAGAGCAUUCUUUCUGCUGGUUAUAACUGUGUCUUGCACGUGCAUUCUGCCAUUGAAGAAGUUACGAUUGCCGCAUUGCUGCAUAAGCUCGAGCCCGGCACGGGCCGAAAGAGCAAAAAACCACCUGCUUUUGCUAGCAGGGGUCAAACCAUCAUUGCUCGUUUGGAAGUUACUGGUUCGGCGGGUGCAGUGUGUGUGGAGAAGUACGAAGAUUACGACCAACUGGGUCGAUUCACAUUGCGUGACCAGGGACAAACCAUUGCCAUUGGCAUGAUCACAAAGCUGAUCCUUAACGAACCAACCGCCUAA